UUCAUUACAACCACAUCUGCAAACUCAUAUUUUUCUUCGGCUCUCUUUUCUGUACGAACAGUUACUUGAUUCUCUGAUUAUGGCUGAAGCACUUGUUUCCGGCGUCGUAGAGCAGUUGACUGCAGUUGCUGGUAAAGGCAUACAACAGAAGGUGAGGCUAGUUGUUGGUGUUGACGAAGAAGUUAAAAAGCUGAGUAGCAAUCUUGAAGCUAUUCAAGCUGUGCUCGUUGACGCAGAGGCAAGGCAAGUGACAGAGACAGCUGUAGGACGUUGGUUAGAUCAACUCAAACAGGCUUCCUACGACAUUGAAGAUGUGUUGGAUGAGUGGAACUACGCCAUUCUAAAACAAAAACUAGAGGGGGUUGAAGAUGCUACCGGUCCUAAGAAGAAGGUGUGUUUCUUCUUUCCCUCGUAUUGCUUUUCAUUCAAACAAGUUAGUUUACGUAAUGACAUUGCAAUCAAGAUAAAAGAAGUUAAUGAAAAUCUAGAUGUCAUUACGAAACAAAAAGAGAGGUAUAGUUUUAAUACUAUCACAAAGGUCGAAAAGCCAAAACAUGUACAAACGACUUCAUUUAUUGAUGUGUCUGAAGAGAUGAGUGGUCAAGAUGUCUGUAAAAGCAUUUUAAUAGAUAAAUUAUGUGCGAGCACUGAACAACGCCUCCCUAUCAUCUCUCUUAUAGGAAUGGGAGGUAUCGGAAAAACUACUCUUGCUCAAUUUGCUUAUAAUCAUGAUAAGGUAAUUAAUAGUUUUGACGAAAGAAUAUGGGUAUGUGUAUCAGAACCUUUUGAUGAGCACAGGAUUGCUAAAGCAAUUAUCGAGUCUUUAGAAGGUUCUACUAUAAAUUUAAUUGAAUUGCAAUCUCUUCAUAAAUGUAUUAGUACAUCAAUUCAAAGGAAGAAAUUUUUGUUGGUGUUAGAUGAUGUGUGGAGUGAGGAUUACAAAAAAAUGGAACCAUUGUAUCGUUGUUUGAAUGAUGGUCUUGAGGGAAGUAAAAUUUUGAUUACAACACGCAAUGAGCCAGUUGCAAAAAAGAUGGGUUCAAAUGAUAUAAUCAAUGUUCAAGGGUUGAGUGAUGAUGAAAGUUGGUUGUUGUUUAAGCGAAUAGCAUUUUUUGAUAGGCCUCUUGAGGAAUGUGAAAGAUUAGAAGAGAUUGGAAAAAAGAUUUCAAACAAGUGCAAGGGUUUGCCUCUUGCUGCAAAGACAUUAGGAAGUCUUUUGCGCUUUAAAAAAAGUUGGGAAGAGUGGAAACUUGUCUUAGAUAGUGAAUUAUGGAAACUUAAAGAAAUUAAAGAAGAAGUUUUUCGACCAUUAUUAUUGAGUUAUAAUGAUUUGCCUUGUAUGAUAAAACGAUGUUUUGUAUAUUGUGCCAUAUUUCCUAAGGAUUAUGAAAUAAAUAGAGAUGAAUUGAUUAAACUAUGGAUGGCUCAAGGAUAUGUUAAAGAAGAAGAAGAAGAAGAUAAGGCAGUGGAGAUAGUUGGAGAAGAGUAUUUUGACUAUUUAACUUCACGAUCAUUAUUCCAAGAGUUUAAAAAAGAUGAUGAAAAUAAUGUGAUUGGAUGUAAGAUGCAUGAUUUAGUGCAUGACUUUGCUCAGUUCUUAUGUAAGAAUGAAUGUCUCCACAUGGAAGUUGGUGGCAAUAAAGAGCCAAUCAUAAACUCUUGUAAUCAUGGGAAAGCUUGUCAUGUGAUGACAACAAUUUAUGGAGAGAAUCUAUUUUCUAAUUCCAUUUUUAGUUUGAGAAGGAUGCGCACUUUAUUAUGUUAUUGCAACUAUCAUGAGGGUAUAUUGCCUCCUAAUAUGUUAUCAAAAGUAUUUGGUGAAUUGACAUGUUUAAGGGCAUUAACCAUUAGAAGAGGUUUGCAACGUAUAGGAAGGAUUGAAGAGAUUCCUAAAGAGGUAGGAAAAUUGAUGCAUUUGAGAUAUCUUAAUUUGAGUGGCUUAGGCAUGAGAAAACUUCCUGAAGCAUUAUGUGGAUUAUAUAAUUUGCAAACUUUAGAUAUUAGUUGGUGUCCUAAAUUGGAAGAGUUACCUCAAAGGAUGGAAAAAUUAAUAAACCUAAGGCAUCUACAAAAUUGGGGGACUUGGGCAUUAAGAUACAUCCCAAUAGGAAUUCAAAGAUUGAGUAAUCUUCGAACCUUAAAAUGUUUUGUGGUAAGUGGUAGUAAUGAUGAGAAAACAUGUAGUCUUGAAGGUUUGAAAUACCUUAAUCUCUUUGGAGAGUUGUCUAUAAACAAGUUGGGAAAUGUAUCAGAUGUGGAGGAGGUUAAAAGAUUAGAAAUAAAGAAUCGAAAAAGCCUCAUUGAUUUGGGGCUAGAUUUUGAAAAAAAUGUUGAUGUAAGAGAGAGGAGAAAUGAGGAGGAUGAAGCACUUCUUGAAAUCCUACAACCAUCUUUAAAUUUGGAGAAAUUAGGUAUAUGGAGUUACAGAGGCAACACUAUUUUGCCCAACUGGAUGAUGUCCUUAACCAAGCUCAGACACUUAACACUUUAUGGUUGUAGUAACUGUAAGCAUUUGCCUCCCUUGGGAGAAUUGCUAUCCCUUGAAUUUUUAGUUAUCAAUAGUAUGCAGAGUUUGAAAAGUGUGAGUAAUGAAUUUUUGAGAAAAGAAAAUGACGGCAUAUCUUCAUCAUCUGUUUUCUUUCCUAAAUUGAAAAGAAUUGAAUUUUGGUUUAUGUUUGAGUGGGAAGAAUGGGAUUACGAGAUUACUAGAGUUGGAGAAGAAGAAGAAGUUAUUACAAUCAUGACAUCUCUGGUUUACUUGAAAAUUCAGUACUGUCCCAAAUUGAAGGCACUACCAAAGCACCUUGUUCAGAAUACAAGAUUGAAAAAAGAUAUCUAUGCUUGUCCUAUGCUACGCUACCCUUGAAGGUGUUAAUAAAAGUAAAGGUAGCAAUAUAUUUCGGAUUCCAAACAGAUACCGGAUUGGCUCAAUCAAAUUUUUCCUGAUUCUCUGGUUAUGGCUGAAGCACUUGUUUCCGGUGUCUUAGAGAGUAGUUGAUUUCAGUUGUUGGUGAAGAAAGCAUACAACAAGAGGUGAGGAUAGUUUUUGGUGUCGACAAAGAAAGAAGUUGAAAAGCUGAGAAGCAAUCUUGAAGCUAUUCGAGCUGUGCUCGUUGAUGCAGAGGCAAGGCAAGGCAAGUGAAGGAGACAACUGUAAGACUUUGGUUAGAUUGGCUCAAACAGGCUUUCUAUGACAUUGAAGACGUGUUGGAUGAGUGGAAUUAUGCUUUGUUGAAACAGCGAAUUGAUCAGGGGGUUAAAAAUGUCCUUUUUCCUAGAAAGAAGAAGGUUUUGAGUAUUGAAGAACUGGAAAGGCUUGCUAAGUUAGGAAGCAGAGCACAAAAGACAGCGUGGAGGGACAUUGCUCAUGUUCAGGAGAGAUGAUGGAAUGCCAUGAAAUGAUACUCUGAAUUCUUCUAUGCUAAUUCACUUUCACAACUGACUGAUGCGCUUUUCAGGUGGCUACCAGAGGGUAUGGUGCAACUACUGUUUCUGCAACCAUGUUUUUUUGCUUCUAUGGUUGGCAUCCUUGUGUUUGUUACUGGGGAAUUGGAGGCGUAAAUCAGCAUGGAGAGCAGACCCUUUUUUCACAACUGCCCCAAAUUGAAGGCACUACCAAUACACCUUGAUCAGAAUACAAAAUUGAAAAAAGUUAUUUCUUAUUGUCUUCUACUAAGCUACCCUGGAAGGUGUCAAUAAGAGGGUUUCAGAUUAGGGAAGAGAGAGGGAAUAAAUGAGGAGAUUCUGUACUCAAAAGGACUCAAAUUGUUCAGGGGGUUUCUCAAAUUAAAGUGGAUGCCCUCUAUGCCCUCUGUCUGUUUGGAGCAUCUCCAAAAAACUGUUUUUGUUUGCUUCUUCCUUGUUUUCGAUGUUCACAUUCAUGUCCAAUGAAAAGUCUUCUGCGUUACAGUUUUCCUGAAACAGAUAAUGGAAAGGCAUGAAAUUUCAGUACUAAAAAGGGACUACUUGUUUGAGGUUUGUAGUGAGCCAAGCCAAGUUACCUAUGUUAAGAAAUUCACUUCUUGUGGCUGCAAUGCCAACUGCCUCCGCAAGCCAGAUUCUUGGAAACAACGAGUGGUUUGAGCCAUAUACUUCCAAUAUUUACAGUCGCAGAUUCCUAAGCAGUGAAUUUGUGGUAGUUAACAAACAUCUUCUUCAUGGCUUAACGAGAUGGGUCUCUGGUCUUUUGUUAUCAAGAACAAAAUCAUAUAUGACGAUGGCUCUGUUCAGAAGAUCCCAGAAAUCCCUGACGAACUGAAAGCAAUUUAUAAGAAUGUUUGGGAGAUCAGGCAGAGCACAUUGGUCGACAUGGCUGUUGCCCGACGCUCUUACAUAGAUCAGAGCCAAAGCCUCAACAUUCAUAUGAACCAGCCCAAUUUUGCAAAGCUAACUUCCCUACACUUCCAUGCAUGGUCAAGGGGUUUGAAGAUUGGAAUGUACUAUCUUCGCUCGUAUGCUGCAGUCAAUGCAAUCAAGUUCACUGUCGAUACUUCCAUGCUCAAGUGAGCUUUAGCAUCAAAUGUUCAUGGAGUGAUGAAUUGAUUGAGACAAGAAAUUCAACCAUAAGGGUAAAAGAAUGCUAGAUGGAGAUAUCUAAUCAAGGAAAAUGGCGAAUUGUUACAAGAGAUAAUGCCACUUACUGAUAAGUUGUUAUAAGGUAUUUAGUUGUGUCAUGUUUUUGGGUAUUGUUAUAAGGUACUUGUUUAGUUGUGUCAGGUAUUGUUAUAAGGUACUUGUUUUACAUUGCUUUGAAAACAUCUUUAUGUUAUCAUGUUUUUGGGUUGCAAAUGUGGUUGAUAUGUUAAAAUUUCUCCUGAAGCAAAUUUUAGACAUUGCAAAUGUGAAAAAUGUUACUCUUGCUGGCCUUAAGAUUGCUGCAGCCCAUUUCCAGCUGAGACAGUACUGUGGUUAAGGUAAGUUGCUUAGGCUUUUUUUGAUUUCUUAAAUAGAGGGAUAACAAAUAUUGGAUAAUAUUCUGCAUAUCAUUCUAUUAUUUCCUGUUAUGUAGAACAGAUUUUCUAGUUGGGCUUGUAAUUUAGAGAAUUGAUUGACAGAAUAAGUACUCCCGGAAAAAACAGAGAUGGAGAGGCUAAAUUUGGAAGAAGUGAUUUAUAUAUCUGUUAUUUGCUUUCCCUCACUGUUGGAUAGCUCAUUAAUGAGGGAGCUUCUCAAAUUACAUUGGAUUCUCUCUUUGAAAUCAUUUGAUGACUCAUAGUGAUAGAUGGGCAUCGCUUUCCCAAAAUUUAGACAUUGCAUUGUUGAAAAAUAAUGCUCUUGUUGGGGCUCAGAUUGCUGCAUCUCUUUCCCAGCUCAGACAACAUUGUAGUUGAGAUCGAACCAAAUUAAUCUGUGUAGAUAUGUUUAAGUUCUAAGUAAAAGUUUCUGGUUGAUUUACCGUUUCCAUGCUGGAUGAUAUGAACAAGUGUCCCUUAGCAAAGAACAAUAAUAAAUGUGGAGAGCUGAUGAAUAUUCAGGUGGCUACCCUGUGGAAUGGUGCAACCACGGUUUCUGCAACCAAAUUUUUUGCUUCUAUGGUUGGCAUGCCAGUGUUUGUUACCGGGGAAAACAAGAUGUAUACCGGCAUGGAGAGCAGAGUAAGUUUUAUGACCAUGUCUAUCAUGAUGAUAGAUACAGUUUAUUGUGCAACAUAUUUCUGAUUUUGCAAUCAAGGAGUGAUAUGAGAUAUCCUAUCUUUAUGACAUCUGGUGAUGCUUUAGUUUAUGGAGGGGUAGACCAUAAUCCUAUUUUUCUGGGACUGUUCCAUUAGUAAUUGUCUACAUUACUCUUGUUGUGAUGUUGUCUAUGCAGCGAUGGAUCUAUCCCCAGAUCUUAUAGAGCCUGGAAGUGAUUCAACUGUGAUUAUAAGUUACUAUUUCUGAAUUUUGUUACCAUCAGUACAGGAAACUCAGGGAGUUUGUGUUGCUGUUUACAAGACUCAUGAGUUCUCAACUUUUUCCAUUGAAACUAGUGGCUGCAAG